AUGCUGCAGUGGCUUUGGGCGUGGAGCCGAGGUUGGGGUGGCGCGCAGACGCUGCGUGCGCUUCACAGCUGGUUUCACCGAGGCGGUGGUGAUGUCGAGGCAAGCGGUGACGAGGAGGGAGAGUCCGUUCUGGAUGCCAUCCUACGGUCCCCGUCUUCUGAAGACGCUAGCCCGGGGCACAGACCGGGGUCUCAACGUGUAGGGCUGACAAAUUACGGCAAAGCACAUGUUUUUCUCGGCGAUGACGCAGAAACUAUCUCGCAGUCAUUUGCGGGUGUGAACGAGGCGGGGCUGUGCGUUACCGACGCGGGUGACUCGGUGUCAGCGCGGGUCGUCGACGUUCCCGGCUCCGUGUCACGGGAAUUAUUGCGCACACACUGCCUGGAUACGUGGAGUCUGACAUGA